GCGCCGGCGGCCCGACCGCGCCUUCUCCGCGGCGGCAGCGGCGCUCCCGGGACGCGGGCAGGGAGCGGCUGUCCCGACGGCGUUCUCUGCCCCCAGGAUCUCCUGCUCACCGGGAGAGGCUUGUCCGAAGAGCCGAGGGGCAGCGCACGGGAGUUUUUAUUUCCCUCCCCGGCCACUGCUGCGGCAGACGUUCCUCUGCAUUUCUUAAGGGAGAAAACUCGGCAAAGAAGGGGUAGGAAGAAAGGCGGUAGAGAAGGGAGGGGAGUUGAUUGACUUGCAGAGAGGUGAAGCUUUCCUGUGGCUCCCUCUGCACUUUACACUGGAGACCUUCAGUCCACGCGAAGCUGUGGGAUGGAGCCAGAGCCCCCGCCCGAGCUCACAGCAGUGCCCCUCGGGGAGAAUGGGAGUGUCCGCCUGGCACCCGACACAGCCCUGCUGUCCCCGGGGAGAGGCACGGCCGUGUUCGUCAUCCGCUGUGUGAUCCCUUCACUUUACCUGCUCAUCAUCACUGUCGGCUUGCUGGGCAACAUCACCCUCAUGAAGAUCUUCAUUUCCAACAGCGCCAUGAGAAGUGUGCCCAACAUCUUCAUCUCCAGCCUCGCUGCUGGUGAUCUGCUCCUGCUGGUGACCUGUGUGCCUGUGGAUGCCUCCCGGUAUUUCUCUGAAGAGUGGCUCUUUGGAGAAGUGGGCUGCAAGCUCAUCCCUGUCAUCCAGCUGACCUCCGUUGGUGUCUCUGUCUUCACCCUCACCGCCCUCAGUGCUGACAGGUACAAAGCAAUUGUAAAUCCCAUGGACAUCCAGACCUCCAGUGCAGUGCUAUGGACUUGUCUGAAAGCCACUGCCAUCUGGGUAAUCUCCAUGCUCCUGGCAGUUCCUGAAGCAGUGUUCUCCGAACUGGCUCACAUCAAUGACACAGAUAACGCCACUUUCACAGCAUGCAUACCAUAUCCCAUGACAGACGACAUGCACCCAAAGAUCCAUUCUGUGCUGCUUUUCCUCGUGUAUUUCCUUGUCCCUCUUGUAAUUAUCAGUAUCUACUACUGUCACAUUGCAAAGAGUUUAAUAAAAAGUGCUCACAACAUCCCUGGGGAACACAGUGAGCAUUCCAAAAGACAGAUGGAAACUCGGAAGCGUCUGGCAAAAAUUGUUUUAGUUUUCGUUGGCUUCUUUGCUAUCUGCUGGUUUCCUAACCACGUGCUAUACAUGUACAGAUCUUUUCAUUACAAUAAGAUUGAUCCAUCGAUGGGACAUAUGGUUGUUACCUUAGUGGCCCGAGUGCUAAGCUUCUGCAACUCUUGUGUCAACCCAUUUGCACUGUAUUUCCUCAGUGAGAGUUUUAGAAGACAUUUCAACAACCAGCUCCGCUGCAGGAAGAAAGCUCAGAAAGAGAGAUCUGCCAGCUACUUGUGCAACUCUUCUGCCAUUCAAAUGACUUCCCUGAAAAGCAAUACCAGGAACACAGUAACUACCAUGACACAGCUGAAUGGGCACAACUUGAAACAAGAAAUGUCAUUAUGAUCUAAUGAGUGUGAUUUUUGACUGUGAAACAAAUCUGAACUUUUCCUUUGCAGCUUGUAAGUCACUUUUGGCUCUUGUUCUUAGACAGUCCUCAGAAGAGAGGCUCUGUUAAAUUCUGGCCAAUCUGAGAUUAUUUCAUACUCUCUGACUCUUGGAAGUGAAGAGUAUGUUAUAUUGAGAAAACAAAACUGACUGACAUAAUAUUGUAAUUUAAGGAUAUGCUGAUAUAUGUUUAACACAAAGGAAAGCAGUGUAUCUGGUAAAACAUUGCUUUUAAAAGUAUAGAUUUUCUGAUAUGAAAAUAUGUAUUUUUAACUGAAUAUUGAUCCAGGCUUGUGUUUUGCUUUAAUAGAUUUUGCAUGACUUUAGCUCUGUGGUGUGUGUGCUAGCUUUGCUGAUUAAGACUUGGAUUCCAUUAAACUUUUAUUUUUAAUUUAUUUUUUCUAUAAUCAGCUCACGUGUCAGCGCAGGUAGUCAAAUACACACAAUGACUGAAGCUUACUGCUGCUACUUAUACAAGGCUGUUAAUAUAAACAUUUGAAGGAGGCUGUCAGAGCUGAAUCCCCCCUUAUACGGUGACAUAGAAUGUGACAAAUAAUCAUUCCCAAGCCAGGUGAGAGGUUAGCUUUCACAGGUGAGCUCCAGAGACAAGGUGCUCACAGUGUUUUUCUUAGCAGGGGCAGUAAUAGCAGACAAAGGCACCUUGUGGAAGUAGUUUUUUAUGGCCAGCUCAUGAGCCAAAUGUAAUUUAAAGUAUGUUUUUCUUUACAGUUGGGUGGAACUGUUCCAGCACAGAUCUGUCUCUAUCACAACACUGUAUCCUGUACUUCUGCAGUGACUUCUCCAAGGUGAAUACUAGAGAGUACUCUGGACAUUUAGAUAGGACUUUGGAAUUAGUUGCUAGUCAUAUAAUUUCAAAAGCUGAAGUGCUAAUGCAGUGUAUCCAUUCAUUGUUCCCUUUGUCCUUUAUAAUACACUUGCGCUUAUUUAGUUCUGUUUGUAACUUUGUGAACCACCUGAAAUUCAAAACUUUUUUCUGCAAUUCCUUUUACUUCAAGACUAGUUAUAUCCCUACCCAAAUUUUCAAAGCAAUGAGAAUUUAUAUUGAUGUAAACUGUAAGUGUUCUAGAUAAUUAUCUUGAAAAAAAAUCCCCAGUUUUAAACACUCAACAGGGAAAGUAACAAAUUGAAGUUUUCAAUGCCAACCAGCCAGUGAGACCUAUAGGAGGAUGUAAUGUACAUAAAGUUCUGUUCAGCAUUCAAAUGAGAAAACUUACGAAAUUCAGUUUAGACUGGCUCCAUAUGGCCUACCCUAGCUGGUUGCAGUUGCCCUGUGACUCCAGUGGCUUCUUAGGAGGUGUUAAACAAAGGAGCUGAUUAACUUGAACUUGUAAAUCUAUGUGGAAUGGUUUCAAAAACUGUCAUUUUGUCAUAGUUUAGGAGUGGAAUUCCCCAGUUUAGUGCUCCCACUGAAACACUCCAAACCGUGUGCCGCUGUCUCACUCCACACUUCCCCCUCUCUCUCCCCCUGCAGGGAAUGGAGAGGAGAAAUUGGAGGCAUAAAAGGUACAUAUCAAGGGUUAAGAUGAUAACAAGUUACUAGAAACGGCAAUGAAAUAAGCAACAAACAGUAGCAACAACAAUAUUAAUAACAGAGUGUUAUAGAAUUCAUAACAAGAAGUGAAGGAUUCAUAUGCAAUCACUACAGGGAACUUGGCACUAUUGGCCUGACUGAAAGGAACCCAUCCCUUCUUGGCCCCUGCUUCGGCAUGAGGUGGUAUAGAGUAACCUCAGGGUCCUGGUCAUUUCCCUUCUGGCUACUGCAUAAAUGAACCCUUUGCUGGCUGGAACCAGGACACAUCUAUAACUGCCUAAUACUGCCUCAUCCUCCUUUUUCUUCAUUUUGCCUCUUGUCUUUCUUCAUACCUUAGUUUUGUGUGAGCCCACAUGUUCUCAGAACUACUUUUUAAUUUUAUAUCACUAAUUCUUCCUGGAUGCCGGACAGACAAAGUUUUGGAUUCUGCUCUUCUGAUCAGUCUCGAGUCCUUUUCACUCACAAACAUUUUACACCUGCAAAGCACUAAUACUUCAAGUCUUCCUUUGUCAAUUCUUGAUGUUUAUCAUUGACUGUGAUCAAGUUUUCUGUUUAUUUAUGCUGGGGUUUUUGUGGUUCCCUGCUCCUCAUUUUUUUUUUGACAAUCUUUCUACACUGCAUAGCCUUUCACAGAACUUUGAAAUCCAUUGCAGUUUUUAUUUCCUAAAUGAAUUUUUCUGAUGUGGACAUUACUAGAUGAUACAGGUGGCCUUGUAGUAGAUUUGAUGCUUCUGUUUGAUUCACGCACUCCACCCAAUGUCUUAAAUUGCUGUGUGUGGUAUAGACAGCAUGAACAAUCCUUCUGGCAGAAUGGAAAGCUCCAGUUGGUUCCUUUUUGUUGUGAGGAGAAGCUGUUCAGAGGUAGACUAUAACUCCUUCUUGUCAGGAAAUCAGCAUGGUUUUGCUUCAUUUCCCAGACCUGAUAUUCAAAGUCUGUUUCAAGUAAGUAAACUAAAUUUUGUAUAGCUCCUUUCAAAUUCUUGUAGCAUGGUGUGGGGGAAUUAGUUAAUCUGUCUGGAGCUUUACUAGGUGUGUUGCUAACCCAAUGUGCACAUUUUGGAAAUGUCUGUUAUUGUGUUUUUGUACAUGUUGUAUAUAAGCUGUAUGUAUAAAGCUAUUUUCAGACAACUCUGUUUAUUAACAAUUAAAAUGAUAGUAGAAUGCAUUUUAUGAGGUAUUUUCUUCUAACUGUAUCCAAAGGAACAAAGAAAAUCUGUAAAUAAGAUCAUAUUAGCUUUUCAUAUACCACA